AUGGACACCGUAGCAAAUCGUCAAUUCGCCCGAAAUGUUCCCGGUUAUAAAUAUGCCAUUCCGCUCGAAGGCAUCUGCUACUUAGAUCAUGCAGGUGCUACCCUUUAUGCCAAAAGUCAGAUGAAUGCAGUUCAUAAAGAAUUAAAUGAAUCCGUGUUUGGGAACCCACAUUCUCUUAGUAUAAGUAGUAAGCAUACAACUGAUGUUAUUGACCAAGUGAGAUACAGGAUAUUGAAGCAUUUUCACACAAAUCCUGAUGAUUAUUGUGUGAUAUUUACUUCAGGAGCUACAGCUGCUCUCAAACUUCUUGCUGAAAGUUUUAAUUGGAAAAAUGGAAACCCUGAGGAGAGAACAAGGAGUACAGACAAUUCAGUCUCUCCUGGUCAAGAAAUUAAUUCGGAGAAUAAUUUAGAUAUUUCACCAAAAGAAUCGUGUAAUUGUGAAUUUAAAGCACCUCUUUUGAAGGUACCAAAUAGGGAAAAGGGUGGAACUUUAGUGUAUUUGCAAGAUAAUCAUACAUCAGUAUUAGGAAUUAGAGAACUUGCAGCUCAAAAAGGAGCUUGUGUCCAUUGCAUGCCUCAUGACUUUGCAUUCAACACAUUGGGAAGAAAAGAAUCUCUGCCACAAAUUCAUAGUGACACUACAAAAACUAAUUCAUUAUUUGUGUAUCCUGCUCAGUGCAAUUUUUCGGGUGUCAAAUAUCCACUUAGUUGGGUAUCUAAAGUGCAGUCAGGGUUAAUGAGCUGCAAUAAUGCAGAAUGCUGUUACAAUACUAAGUGGUACUGUUGCCUUGAUGCAGCUUCAUUUGUCUCAACCAAUGAUUUGGAUUUAUCAGUAGUGAAACCUGACUUUGUUUGUAUUUCAUUUUACAAAAUGUUUGGCUUUCCUACUGGUUUAGGAGCCCUUCUUGUACGUAACAGUAGUGCACAUACUUUGAAGAGAAAUUAUUUUGGAGGGGGCACUGUUCAGAUUUCUUUAAGUACUGAAAUGUUUUAUGUACCAAGAUAUUCCAUUAGUGAGAGGUUUGAAGAUGGAACAGUUUCCUUUUUAUCAAUCGUGGCUCUGAGACAUGGUUUUGAUACCUUACAGUCUUUAACAGGAGGAAUGGUUAAUGUGGCACUACAUACAUUGUUUCUGUCAAGAUAUGUACAUCACAGCUUGUUAUUGAUGCAUCAUGGAAAUGGCAAUCCUGCUGUUGUUCUAUACUGUGACACUGAUUAUGAAGAUUUUUUAACUCAAGGAAAUAUUGUAAAUUUCAAUUUAUUGAGAUCAAAUGGAGAGUACAUUGGCUUUGCUGAGGUUCUUCAUAUGGCAAAUUUGUAUGGAAUCCACCUACGAACUGGAUGCUUUUGUAAUCCAGGUGCAUGCCAAAGACAUUUAAAUCUAACUGUCAAUGAUUUAAAAGGGCAUUAUGAGGUAGUUGGUCAUAUUUGUGGAGAUGAAAUGGAUUUGAUUGAAGGCCGACCAACUGGCUCUGUUCGUAUCUCAUUUGGUUACAUGUCAACAAAACACGAUGCUGAUAAAUUUCUUGAUAUGAUUACAUCAUGUUUUAUUGAUGCACCUCUUUUGAUGCACGUGCCUCAAUGGUGGCCAUAUUUCAGAAGAACAUAUAGAGAAAAAUUCAAUAUGAAAAAAUUGAAAAAUGGUAUUUAUCCAUCAACCAGUAACGCAGGCACAGAUUUCAAAACUGAAAAUUAUAAUACUGUGGUAAUCAAAGAUCAAACCUUUGACAUAAGGAAGAUAAAUGCAUUAACAGAAGAAAUUGAAAUAAAUGAAAUUAAAGAUAAAUUCAAACUAUCAAAUGAUGAAAUUCUGAGUGCUAAAGCCAAACAAAGUUUAAACAUAAGUUCUAAAGAAGACCAAGUUCAUUAUGAUUCUGUAAAAAAUAAAGAAAGCUACCAUCUAUCAAAUAUUUUUUUAUACCCAGUAAAAUCUUGUGGUCCGAUGACAGUUGAAAAUUGGGAAGUCAACUCUCGAGGAUUAAAAUAUGAUCGUGAGUGGAUGAUAGUCAAUUCAUCAGGUGUUGCUCUAACACAAAAGCAAGAAACCAAACUCUGUCUCAUAAUGCCGAAAAUUGAUUUAGAAAAUCAAAACUUAAUCCUGGAAUAUAAUGGAACCUCACCCAUUAGUGUUCCCCUGAAUCACCCACAUUUUGAUCAUAAGAAUGAUAGGGAAGCUUCACUGUGUGAAAGUAAAGUGUGUGGUGAUUAUAUUCAGGGUUGGGACUGUGGGGACGAUGUAGCUGUGUGGCUCUGUAAUACUUUGGACCGAGAUGGUCUUCGUCUUCUGCAACAAGGAAACAUCAAACCUAGAAACAACAAAUAUAAAUCAAAAAAUAUGAAUAAAGAUUUACCUCAAGCAGAAAUUUCUCUUGCUAAUCAGUCUCAAUUUCUUCUUUUAAAUUCUGCAAGUGUCCAUUGGCUGAAAGAACAACUCAUGGAUAAAAGCUUGACUACAGAAAACCUCAUUCGAAGAUUCCGUUGUAAUUUUCUGGUUGAAGGUAUCAAUGCAUUUGAAGAAGAAAAGUGGAUUAAAGUGAGAAUUGGAAAUGUUGAGCUACAAGUGGAAGGUCCAUGUACUCGUUGCCAAAUGGUUUGUAUAGAUCAAGAAACUGGAGGAAGGUCCAAAGAGCCGUUGCGAUCAUUAUCUGCAGCAUUUCAUGGAAAAAUGAGGUUUGGAAUGUACUUACAACACCAGGGACAGGGAAGAAGAUCCAUAUCUGUGGGAGAUCCUGUGAUUAUAACUUUGUAAUCAUUUUUUGCCGAAUUGAAUUAAUAUCACCCUUGAUUAUUUCAGAGCUUUACAUGCUGACGUUGUAUAAAGGGAUCAUUAGUGCUACAACAUAAAAAGUCCAUUUUUUGUACAAAAAUUAAUAGUUACAUACAGUGAAACCGGCCCUAUUAUGUACAUUUUUUUUACCUACCUCUUACAUGCAGAGUAAGAAGUAGGCUGGGAAGCACCACUUCUUCCUGCUUCCUAACACAAAUGAUGGACAAUAGAAGACAAAGAUAUAAAAGAUGAAUGAAGUCAUUACAAACUAACAAAGCAGCAUUUCACGACUACACACCCGCAGUAGAUCAUGUAACCAUAAUAUUCAAUUUUUGUAUUCAAAACUCUUUACUUCCCGCAUACAUGAAAAAUGUGAUAGAAAUAAUGAAUACCAAAAUGUAAUAAAGACCAUUAGAAAAUCAACAGUUACCAACCAGGUAGCCUUCUAUUGAUAACCAGUAAAAUUCUCUGUCCUCAAGGUAACAAUUAAAAAGACUCAAUUUGACAUCAUUGAAAACAAACUCGCACAACUAUGACACCCUUCUUCACCAAGGACAUUUCAAAAUUGCUACAGACCAAACAAUCAGUUCUGACUGUUUUCACAGACAUUUCCAAAGCCUUCGACUCUCUUAAUACUGCUAUUCAAACUAAAAUUAUUUAUUCAACACUUUCUCUAUCUCCUUUUGGAAACACCUGUCCAACUACUCCAUCCUAGUCAUGUUACCCAAGGUGUAGUCCUACCCCCAAGACAUUUCGUAGUCUUUAUUAAUGACAUCUCAAGUCUGUUAAGAGUUCUUGAAUUCCUUUAUGCACAUGAUUUCCGUGACACACUGAUUACAAAUUCCCUGACCAAUGAGAACUAAUGGCACUAUAGAAUGACACAGACGUUCUCACAUUAGUUUUCUAAUCUCUUUAGUCAAGUUUAGUUUAGUCUAAAUUUUCAAUGCUGCUCCACACUCUUCCUAGUUGCUAUCUAUCAGCGCCUGUAAGACAACUUUUCACAUUUUAUCAGUUUUUCAGGUCCCUACUACCCCCAUUCUUUAGAAGUUUCUUGAUUUCUCCAGAAUAUAUUAAAGAAAAAAAUCAUGAAGACAAAAUAGAAUUCCAGAAUAUUUUAGUAGUUCUGUAUUAAUGCCAUCAUACAGGGGCUUUUCUAUUUUUGCAUUUUUCAUGUGCUUCUUGUAGUUCAUCUAUCAUUAUGUCAUCUGCAUUUGUAGUUGUACAUGUUUUUAUUAUUUCACAUAUUUUGUUGUACUAAAAGUGUUUAUAACGUUUCACCCAUUUUUCUUUUUCAGUUGCAUUAAUUUGUACAUUCUCUCUUCUACUACUAUUCAAUAUUUUCAUUACCUUGUAGACUAAUGUUUGUCUUCCAUAUAUGUCAUGUUGUAUUCUUCCAUAAAAAUGUGGAUCUUAAUAGGCCUGAUCAUUUCAUCUGGUUUUACUGCACUAAACAUAAGAUGGCACCUACUGCAUCAGUAUAAGGGAAAUAAAAAAUGAUAAAGCAUUUAACUAAGUUGCAUUUAUUUUGUCUUAGUGAAAUAUAAUGUGAAUAUAAUUGGGAAACGUGCAAUUCUCGUAACUGAAAGAAAACAAAUGGCAUUGAAUAAAGUAAUAUCUGCAUGCCGCAUAUUAUAUUUUUCAGAACAAUUAAUUAAGAAAGUUGUAUCUUAACUACAAGUUUCAUAAUAAUAAUAUUAGAUCUACAUGUAAUUAAUAUUGUGCCUGCAUAUUUAUUUUGUUUGAAGAUGUUUGUUUUGUUUUUAGCACCAUAAUACUUGUACAAUAUGUAGAAAUCUGUAUGUUGAGUAUGUUAGUAGUAUUAUCUUUUAUUUUUUUUGAGAAUGUGGCAAAGAAUCCAGAGUCAAGCUCUUCAAUUAUAGUUUAUAGUUGUGGAUUUCUAGUUGUCCACAUCUUUUAUAGAAUAGUUCAUUACACCAAUUUAUCGAAAUUUGCGAUGUAACAUCGAGGUGUGCAUUUUCUUCAAUCCAAAGCAAAUCUAAAAUUUAAGUAAUUUUCUUGGAAAAUAUUGUCAAGAUGUGUUUGUUUUACAGUGAGCCAGGAAAGUCUCUCCCCUCCGAGCUGAAUCAGGGCCUCCUUUUAAAAAUUGCAUGUAUGUUGGUAGCAACCAGAUUACUGGGAAACAAGUUAAGGGAACAAACUUCCAGCAUCUAUCAUGAUUGUGGUGAAAAUGCCACUUACAUUUGCAAGCUGUAGCAAACGCUACCAACAUGAUUUCUAUUACAAGCACUCUCAGAGCAAGGUGCCACUGUGGAAAGACUUUCCUUACAUGCUAUAUAACAGCAUAACAAUAAAAUAUCAUUAAAACAUGGAAACCAAAUCACUGACCUGAUUGCUUUGUUAUUUUUACAAAUAUUUGCCUACAUUGUUUAGUAAACUGAAUAACAAUUUUUCUUUGUUUUUGUUUUUUUCUGCUUCUAAAACAUCUAAACAAUUUCAUAAUAAUAUGUUAUUUUAAUGAAGGUAAUUCACCUCCUGGAGUAUAGGACCAAUGUAUCAAUAUCAAAAGUCCUAUAAUUGUUAUUUUUAUUAGAAGAGAAAGAAACACCCAUUACUACUAUAAACAUCUAUUACUAGCAUUAUGAGCAUGUAAUGAGAUGAUACAAACUCUACUGAGUACAUGUCCUCGCCUGAAUCAUUAUUCUGACAUGGAAAUGAUAGCAUAUUAAAUAGUGGGCCAUGAAUGUGUGAGAUACAGCAGAGUUGUAAUCUUGAUUGUUGUAUUAAUAGCAUACUGUUUCUUGAAUACAUUAAUAAAUAAUUGUCACCAUUCCAGUCACCUUAAUGGACGCAAUUAUGCUCGGAGAAUAUAUUCCUGUCGUAAAGAAAUCCACAUUGUGACCAUGUUACUGAGUAACAAUGCAUUCUUAAUAAUUAAAUUUGUUGAACAAAUUCUUUAUGUUGAAAAAUUCUUUGAACAAAUUUAAUUACAUUAAUAAAUUGUUGAGUAUUUAAUCAUUUCACAUGUUAUAAAAAUGUAUUCAUAACAUUAUUGAACUCAUGUGCUCCUAGAAGCAAUAGAACUACCCAUUUCACUGACUUAGCAGGAAUAUAACAGUUCUAUACUUACCUGUUUCACAUUAUAUUUUGAGAAGAAUAUGGUGUGAGACUGAUUUCAGUUCACUACUACAGCAUUUCCCUCAUUCCAGGCUUAAAUUUUCUUUGGAUUUUUAUUUAUUAUAGUUCAAAGAGAACUUUCAAUUUUCUCUGAACAAGACUUUUUGGAAAAUGAUUUUCAGUCUUCUAAUAUCAGGCACACAUUUCAUAUUUCCAAUGAUUUUUGUAGGAGGUACAUGUCCAAGUGUUACUUCUUGAUCAUGGCUUUCAAAAGUUGGUUUCUUCCAAUUAAUUCAGUUGACAUUUUUUUUCUGUAAGUUUCUCUAGAUUUGCCAUGUAUUUGAAUAAAUGUUUAAAUGCAGAAGAAUAAUAUGAUGGAAAUUUUAAAAAAUAAUUUCUUAGAAGCAAAAUAAUGUUUAUAUUCAACUUCAAUAAGUAUGUACAAUCCAUAAUUAGUCAUCAAUAUUAUCACACUUAUGGCUUCUGUUUGGAGUAAGAUAAUUGCUGAUUCCAAAUAAGUUAUUAGCUUCAAUCUCCAGAAUUUUAAAUUUUAGAGGUCUUUAUACUACUUUAAAACUUACUCGGAGUCAAUGCAAUAUUUUCAGUACUAUCAACAUUGUUUUUCUUCACUUGAGUGUCUCUUUAUGACUUGUGUAAUAUCUGUUGUGUUUAACCUGGUCAGUAUGGACAUUCACUACAACAAAUGUCAGGUGGAGAGAAACUAACAAGUGUAUACUUUGUACAAUGUAUUUUGACAGAAAUGUUUUUGUAUUGAUGUUUGUCAGUUGUUUUCAUGGUAAUUGCGUGGAUCAGUAUUUUUGAGGGUCUUUAAGGACUCUUGGUGUGCAGGUAAUAUAUAGGUAGAUAAGUCUUACAAAUCUGUGUUGCUUUUGCACUUUUCAUAAAAUCAAGGCACUUUAUUGUAUUGCUAUUUCAUGCCAUUUAUGCUAUUAUCUCCUUCUUAUAUUGAAUUCAGAGUGAGAUGAUUUUUAUUUAUUUUCUACCAUAAAUUAUUAACCAGUGAAUGUAGUAAAGGACAUAUAUGGCAUAAGUAUUAAAAUAAUAUAAUUGAGUUACGGUACUUAUUUGCAUGCCAACUCGUGAAAUAUAAUUUUAAUAAAAGGAUUUUUUUAUGUGCAUUGUAGUUUUUAAAAUUCCUGUCAUAAAUGAAAGAAUUUAAAUCAUGCAACACAAGAAAAACAAAGUAGAAUUUUUCCUUAAAUUUAAUCUAAUAAGUUUUGUAAAAAUUUUCAAAAAAAUUUAGGAAACACAUUUUUUCAAGAAAGAAUUGUAAAUAAUAUUUUAUUGAUAUUUAUUAGGAUGCUUCAAAUAAGACUACAAAAGUGUGAUUGGCUGUGAUAAUUUUUUGUUGCAGUUUUGAAAAAGUUGAUCAUGAAACUGUUGAAAAAUCUUAAAGAGGGACCAAAUGUUAUUUAUUAUAGUGGUCUAAUCUUAGCACAAAUGUUUAAACUUUGUUCAAUUAUCAAAAAUAAAGAUUUGGCUACAAAAACAUUUCAUCUUUUAUUUCUUUCCAUCUAAACCACUUUUGUUUCUAUUUACCUAUUAAUUGCCUCUGAAUAACUAUUCCCUUAUAGACUGAAUUACUCUUGAAGUGAUACAAUCAAAAAGAUGUUAAUACUCUACUGAAUUGAUCUAAUAGUGUAUUUGUAUAAUGGGUUUGGACAUUCUUUGUUUCAGGAAAGGACCUACCAGAAUUACACAUCUUUAAGCUAUUAAAUAAAAGAGCUUGAAUUAAAUGUUUUGUCAAUCACACCUUUGUUUUUGUCAUAGGAUUAUUUUAAUUAUUGACAUAAUUUGAACAUUUGUUGAGACAUUUGUUCUUUCACUAUUUAAAAUUUUAUGAAAAAAACAUUUUUAUGUAUUUGUUAGAAAUAACACGGAAUAUAUGUAUCAUUAGCAUAGGAGAAAACUGCAGCAACAUAUCGCCACUGAUGCAAUAGGUGUAGCCAUUUAGAGUAGUUUUUUAGCUAUGCUAAAUGGUAGCUUUAUUAGUGAUUUCUACUUAAAUAACAUAAUUGCCUAGUGAUUGGUGAAUUUCUAGCAUUUCUUUUAAAAUCGGUUUCAGAAUCAUUUCUAAUCACAAUUCCCACAGCCCUGAUCACAAAAACUUUAUUCACUUUCAAUAAGAAGUCUUCUGUUUAAAAGAAUAUUAUGUACUGUUUAAAUACUGUUAAUACCAGUAUUGCCACAAUUGAAAAGAAUAAAUUCAAAAAAUUAAAAGCAAAGCAAAGCCAAAGCAGAACCAGAAGUUUCAGGAAAAUGUUACCAUCCUUGAAAGAGCCCAUUUAGUAAAAACAAGUUGGUGUAGAUGCAAUGUGAUAAUCUUAAUUUCAAAAUUAAAUUUUCACACAAAGAAUUUUAAAAUGUCAAAACAUUGACAUGAAUUGCACAUGUUAAUACUUCUUUCAGGCUGGCACUUUUCAUUAUACUUGUAAUGAAUUUCCAUUCAACAUAGGAAAUGAAACUGGGUGUAUAUUUUGUUUAUUUGGAAUGAUGGGAGACUUUGACAAAGUUAUUUCACAUAGCUACUUUCAACAACAUAAAUUAGUUUAUGUAGCAUUUAUUUAAAAUUAUAGUGGCUUUUAUGAGUUUGUGGAAUCUUUUAUUCUUGUUUUCAAUAGUGGCAGAUGCUUCAACAGCUUCAGUGCACAAGUUACUCUUGAAAAUAUCAAAAUUUUUUUUCUUAAAUUCCAAGUUUUUUUUUCUCCAACUACUAGCGUUUUCUGGAACAAUUCUCGUUUUUUAUGAUCAUAAUGAAUAAUGUUAUAGAGAUGAAGUGCAAAUGUUCAGGACUUGUAAAUUGGAAACUCAAUGCCACUAGCAAUUUUGAUUGUUUUUGAAAAUAUGACUUUCAACAAAUUUUUAAACAAAAUUUAUCAGUAAUUUUCAUAUCAAUAAAAAUUCAAAUAGAUUCAGAAGUUUUAAUAAAGACCGUACUUUUACCAUAUUCAUGAGCACAAUUUGCCCUAUUCAACAGGAAGCGUAAUAAAAUUUCACAAUUCUGACUGCAAUUCAAGGUUCUUUCAAAGUUUUAAAGGAGAAAAAGUUCACUGGCCACCAUAUCUAAGAGCCAAAUGUUCUAAGUUUACCUAAGAGCCAAAUGCCUAAAAGUUCUCAGCCAAUAACAUUCUACUGAGUCAUUAUAAUGAAUGCUUCGAGAUUUUUUUAUUUUCAAAAGUGCAGGAACCUCAAUGUUUUACUUUCAAGAACCAGAAAAUUUGUUAGUAUGUUUCUGAGAACUCAAUAUUUUAAUCGUGUACAUGGUCAUUCACUUUAUAUUCACAUUAGUAUCUGUUUACUAGUGCACAAUUUUUUGUAAUGUCACCAUUUCUUUCUCAAGUGGAUCAUUAUUAUACAAGAAUUGUAAGUUCUUAAGUUAUAAUAGAUCUUCCUCAUAAAUAUCAUGCAGAAUUAAAGAAAAAGAGCCAAAUGAAUGUUAUUUUAUUGCCUAACACACAUUACUGAAUACCAGAAAUAUUCCUAUUACAUUCGGUCCACCUUAUUUGAGAUGUGAUACCUUAUUAGUCCUACGCACAAUCAGUUGUAAGGAACAUUCUUUUAAUAGGACAAGGCUGGCUUACCAUUACAAUGCAAAUACAUAUACAGCUCACUCUCAAAAUCAAACCAAUAAUUCCAAAUAUGCUAAGAUAAGAUGUGAAACAAAAUGCUGGUAAAUAGUGAAUUCUUGAGGAUAAGAAAAAGUAAGAUUUCCCUCUCACCUUCUUUUCAAAAUAAUACUAGACUCCUGAGUGACUUCCAUAACACACAAAGCAAUUCAAACAGAAUGGGGAAAUUUUAAAAUUAACAUUUUCCAGUCAUAUUAUUAUUAUUAUUAUUAUUAUAUAAUGAAAUAAAUAAUUAACAAGAUUUAUACAAUGUACAUAACGUUUUUUUAGAGAAUCAACUUUUACAAAUAAAACUACAUUAUACAAAACUACACAAUAGCAACAAAAUACCUUUCCAUAAAAUUCAUACAAUUGACUAGUUCCAUUGCAAAACAAUAUUCAAAUAUCUAUAUCAUAAUUGGAUGAAUUUAAUAGACCCUUACCAUACUGCAGAUUUUGAUAUAUACAUUUAGCAAAACGGAACCUACAAAAUCUCACAAUUAAAGUUUGUUUUUUCAGAUCAUCAUCUCAUCAAACAAUGAUGCAGUUGGUUAUUGGUUGUUGUUUUGAAACUUCCCUAAUUUCCUUGCCAUCAGCAGCAUCACCAACUAUAUCAACUACAUUUUCAAAGUCAGGAAAUGCCAUUGUCAUGAGUUUUGAAUACACAAGUUUUUCAUUUACUUUCACUUCAAAGGAACCUGUUCGACCUUCUUCUCCCUUAACAGAUGCUGAAGGUACUUUUGAUUUUAUUUGGUCAGCUAAUUCUUCAAAUUUGGGACGGUACCCGCAACCACCACAGAACUCAACAGACACAUUGACAGUCGCUGCCAUUGAAACAAGCUAAUUAUCUUGUAGAAAUUUACUUCUACUAUCUCUCACAGAAAGUUACAACAGUAACCACCAAAGAAACACGAACUAUAUAGUACAGACUACAAUUUAAUUUAAUCUUUCAAAUUUCCUCUUCGACUUAAAUUCACAAAUACAGAGGAAAUACGCAAGGAACUACACUGUGCAAGAACAAUACACCAGAACACCGUGCCGUGGCGUAAAUAAGAAACAUCUGAUGAAUCGGUCAUUGACGAAUCCGCUCAAGAAGACCGCCAAGACCGCUCUGGAGUCAGUCCAGAAACUGAACGAAUCGGUCUUGGGCAGAGGAAGACACACCUCUGCACAGCUCCCCAACACCUCCCGUACACCACGGUGUAAAGGCGCGU